GCAAGUAAUUGAUGGUGUGCUGUCAAUUGAGAAAUUACUUUGGAAGAAGUACACGCAAAAGAUUUGGUAAUUACUUGUAAGAUGAUUUAUUGAAUUUGAGUGCUAUCAAUUCAGAAUUUUCACUGUAGCCGCAGCUUCGCAUUCCCAGACCCAGGGAGUACUUAUACCAGGAGGUGGGUCGGGAAUAGAACUCAACGAUCAUCGACGGAAAAUCAUGGGCAGAAAGCCUAAUUGUAUGCCUUCAUUUUUCAAAAUCUUUAUCACCGACGAUUUCACUCGCCAACUCAGAGUGCCGCCGGUUUUCGUACAGAAACACGGAGGAUGCUUGACUGCUGAAAAUGUGAAGCUCAGGAUUAGUUCCGGAGAAACUUGGGACGUGAAACUUGAGCGGAUGAACAACGAGCAGUAUUACUUCACGAUGGGCUGGACGGAAUUCGUCCAAGACAUAAAGUUGGAAAAGUUGGAAUUUCUGGUUUUCAGGCUUAUUGGCAAGUCGACGUUUGAUGUUUAUGUAUAUGGGAUCCUUGGCUGCGAAAGGCAAUCUUUCGGCCGGACUUGCCGGGUUGAGGAUUCUGGUGAAUUCAGCAGUGGUUACAAAUGCAUGAACCGCCAACCCAGCGGUCGAAAGAAUAAACGAUCAAGAACACGCAUUAUGGAGAAUGAAGGCGCAGGGACCGACGAUGAGAGUAAAUCCAAUAACUCGAAUCCAUAUUUUGAAAUAGUUCUGAAACGCCAUCAACUAUCAAGAGUGUGUAUUAGGAAGCAUUUCGCGGAAGCAGCAGGUUUAAUAGGGAAAAAGAAAGUGGCUGUGGAGUAUCCAGGGGGACAGCGUUGGAAUGUUGUUCUGGAUUCAAGGUCCACCCUGUCCAAUUUCAAGCUCGACUUGGCUGUGGGUUGGUCCGAUUUCCGGAAAGCAAAUAAGCUGCGAUUUGGGAGAACCUAUUCGUUUGAAUUCAUUCCAAGUAGAAAUGUGAUUGAGGUUAAGCAGAUCAAAAGAGGGAAAUAGCUAAUUCUAGCAUUAACUCUGGGGAAGAUGAAUAUUGUUUACAAUAUGUAUAUAUCGUUUGUGAGCUGUGUAAUUCAGCAUUAUGUCAAUUGUGUUUAUGUUCCUGUAAUUUUGAACUAGCACCAACUUUUUAAUUAUUCGAAAAAAUAUGCAAGCCA